UGCACAUAAUAACGAUUACAAAAUGGCGGCCAAAAAAGAUCCUUUGUUAGAGCAAGCGGAUAGUUUAUGGAAAAUGCUAGACGAUCUAGCUGAUACAAACCCAGAGGGGUACAAGAAAUUAAUAGAUAAUGUUAUCAAGGAACAGAAGGAAUGCUGGAAACCUCCCGAACCUGUAUUUUCCUUUCGUACUGUCAAGGUAAAAAAUAUUGUAUUCAAAAUUUUGCUUAAUUUAUAAAGCGUGAAUUUAUAUGUUACACAGUACAUUGUACAGUACAAAAACAAGUACAUAAUUUACUUGUGAUGUGUUCAGCCUUAAGAACCGUUUAAAGAAAAGAAUGUAUAUUUAAUACAGAAAAAUUUUCUAUAAAAUUAUUAUUUGUUGUGUUACCUAGCAACGAAUUGUAAUUAUUUUAACAAAUUGCAUCGUAGUACUUCAUGUAACCCGUUUUAUUCAAAAUGUGGGCCAAAAUGAAUGGGAUCAAAUUUCAUUGUGAAAUAUCUCUUUCAGUUACCAGAAUCGAGCAACCAUCAUGUGUUUAUCAACAUAUGUAAAUGGGAACGGGUAUCAAAGCCAAAAACUGACGACACCAAAAUUUCGGUGGUGGCCAGCAACUUACGCGACUUACCCGGCUACAGCUCGAAGCAUUCGAUCAUGGAUAUAUGUUUUCACCACGACAUCAUCGACCAAACAAGAAAAGAUUCUCAAUGUUGGAAAUUUGUUGCCAUGUUAGCACUUGAUUAUAUUGAGAAACAAACGGGUAUCAAAUUAUCAAAAGCAUACAAAGUGUUAAGCAUUAAAUACAAAGGUGACAUAGAGGAACUUAAGAGGUAUCUAUUCAGUCGUAGUUUUGGAAAUAGACCGUUGGCUACGCCGGUUGAUCAGAUGUCCAGUCGAACCGAGAGUAACUCCAUUUUAGAUGGACUCUCCAGAAUUGUCCAGAAUGGAAAAGAGCCAAAAGCAAGUGGGAUACCAAAAGAUUUCAAGGGCUUGCCGAGCGAGACACUUGUUGGAAAGAGAGAGGAGAUACCAAAGAAACCAUUAAUUCAAGAAGUAUCAACCAGUAAGCAAGUCAAAGCUGUGCCAAAGAACAAUGUUCCAAAACACAGUAUCGAGGUGGUUACAGCCACCAGUGAGAGACCUAAAUGCAUUAUGGUCAAGAUGGACUUACCAGAGAUCCAGUCUGGUGCCGAAUGUGAACUUGAUGUUUCUAAGGUUAGAUGCAAUAUAUUUUGGUGACACAAUAGGUUAAUGAUCACCUUUUUUAAUGACGAUGACUGAUCUGAUCCGUGAGAAUUUUUUGCUGAGAUUAAUUAGCUAAUACUAGUUGUGACAUUUUAGCAGUAAAUGCAUAGGAUGUUUUAUAAAAAAUACUGGAACAUUUUUUGCAGGCAAGAGUAUAAGCAUUUGCAGUUUUGGUACUAAAAUUAGUUUAGAAGCUCAGGUAGUCAGGUUUUACUUUUGCAGUGAGUCUGGAUCAAUAAGACAUAUGGCUCUAACUGGAUCAUAGGGAAAACAGUUUAGAUUAACUUACUAUAAAGUGAUCUGACUAAAAUAUGGCCUUGGAUAUAAGUGAAACAUUACAAUUUCAUGUACAUGGUGUUCCCAAAAAAACAAAAGAAUAAUUUCAUUCUUAUUAUAAUUAUUAUUAUUUCAGCAAGAUCUUGUGUUGUGUUCAGCCAAAUAUUCCAAGCUUCACCUACAGCUACCACAAGAAGGCAAUGAAGAUGAGACAACUUCAACAUUUAAUAAGACCACUCAUGAACUUACUAUAAUAAUCCCUACAGCACAAACUUGACUUGAAACUACCCCCCAAUGUUAAAUAAAACAUGUAACCACAGGGCUUGAAAUAAUUACAGCCGAUCACUGAUCAAUGCAUGAUCAGCAAGAAAUUGCUUAUGAUCGGCACAAAAGCAGGGUUUCUAACCUGAAAAAGCAGGGAAAGUCAUGACUGCCAAUCACCAUGAUUGGGAACUUUGAGAAUGUUAUUUCAAGCCCUGAAUCAUUGGCAUACAACUGUAUUACGAACCUCACAGACAUGCAUGGACAUUGAAAUAAAAAAAAUAAAAAAAGAAAAAAAAGAAAUUAUUUAGAAAUAUUCCAUGCUAGAAUAUUACGUUAAAUUGAUAUAAUUUAGUUGUCACCAUUUUGUUAUAUAGAUUAAAAACACUGUAUUUAUUAUUAUAUAUAAACAUAACGUUUUAAUACAAAUUAUAUUGUAUUUAAAAAAAAAUUGAGUCUAGAUUAUGUUACAAUCACUGAUAACAUUUGGGUCAUUCCAGAAACAUUCAUACCACCCCCACGGAGGAAAUUGGAAGUUAAUUAAUCCCCCUAUCCCUUUCAGAUGCCCUAAUACACUUAAUAUUACCAGAAACAAUUUUUUCUUUCCUCCCUCCCGGAGGGCAGGAAUUUCCUGGGGGGGGGAGGGCCGGGGGGGGGGAGUGUGGAUCUUUUCUGGAGCAAUCAAAUUGUCACAUUCAUCUAAGUUCAUUGGUGUAAUUAUUUUUCCAUUGUUUUUGCAGUAUGGAGUCAAACUGUAUUAUUUGUAUUGUAAAAAUAAAUUUGCCAGUACAUUAUCACUUGUCUUAAUUGCCUGAAAGUACUUUAAUUAAACCUUUGAUAAUAAGCCAGAAUCUGGAGAUGACGUCUUAACAAGCGCUUGUACUUCCUUGAAGUUAGGAUGUUUAGCAUUGCCAAGUAAACCAAAUAGAACCGACUCACUUGUUGUGAUAAAUGCUCCACUUUGACGAAGACGCUGAAAUAUUAAAAUACAUUAAAAUUUUUU